UUUAUAUUCAUUCCACCAAAGUCUCGUCUCGUCACUUCAUUUCAUUUCACUUCUUAUCUGAAUUUACAAGGAACUCAACUAACAUGGAAGCAUGCUUUCUCUCCCACAAUUCCUUCACCAAAACCACCGAUCAACUCAUCCCCACAAUAAGAAACGGGUCUCUACCACACCAUAAGCGAUCUUCUCAACAUCUUCAGUGUAGAAAAACUAGAAUUCCACUUCCCAUAUCAUGCUGCCACAUGUCAUCACCAUCACCGUUUGGUGAUGAUGACAAACCUACCCUAAGUAGUGAUUGGCGAUCUUUCCGUGCAAAAUUGGUGGCAGGAGAACAAUUAACAAGGCAUGUUGAGGAGGUGAAUGAUCUAGACACUGUUGUGGAUCAUCCUCCACUGAUCACCAUUGGUGACAAAUGGGCACACGUAAUCCACGAGCCCGAAAAUGGGUGCUUACUAAUUGCCACCGAAAAGCUUGAUGGGGUCCAUAUUUUCGAACGGACGGUCAUCCUUCUCCUAUCAACUGGGCCCUUAGGCCCAUCAGGGAUCAUCUUGAAUCGUCCAUCGUUGAUGUCCAUCAAGGAGACUAGAUCAACGGCUCUGGAUGUGGAGGGCACGUUUUCCAAUAGUCCCUUGUUCUUUGGGGGGCCCUUGGAGGAAGGGAUUUUUUUGUUGAGUCCAAAAGAGGGUAAUGGUGGUGAUGGGGUGGGGAAGAGUGGGGUGUUUGAGGAAGUGAUGAAGGGUUUGUAUUAUGGGGCAAAGGAAAGUGUUGGUUGUGCUGCUGAAAUGGUGAAGAGGAAUGUGAUUGGGCUUGGGGAUUUUAGGUUCUUUGAUGGGUAUUGUGGGUGGGAGAAGGAGCAAUUGAGAGAUGAGAUAAGGGCUGGGUAUUGGACUGUGGCUGCGUGUAGCCCCAGUGUGGUUGGGCUGGGGAGUGUGGGAAGUAUUGGGCUUUGGGAUGAGGUUCUUGGGCUUAUGUCCAGAAGGAAGGUCAUGUGAGGUGAUAUAGAAAUAGUUUCCAACAAGAAAGUGAGCUUUGGACCUGUUGUUAUAAGGAUCUGACAAUUUCUAGGCAUAAGAAAAGAAACAGAAUUGUCUGAUUCGGUUGAAUUCUUACGUGCUGUAAGCCUUGUAAAUUAUAAUUAUUUUCCAAAUUGAUAUGUCUUUGUGUGAUUCGUUGUUGUGUUUAAUUGUUUGAUGACGUUCACUCGA